AUGAAACAGCAAGAAGAAACAACCGAACUAAUAAACAAAAGAAGAAGAAUACAAUCUCCGUCAAUAUCCUCUUUUCCUCUCGAUCUUAUCUCGGAGUUACUCUUAAAGCUGCCUGCUAAAUCUGUUGGCAGGUUUCGUUGUGUUUCAAAGCUAUGGUCAUCAAUCACCACCGAUCCAUACUUCAUCAACAAAUUUGAAACUCGGUCCACAAAAGAGAAGCCAUGUCUUCUAGUCACAUUCAAAAGAGGUGACAGGUUGUUUGUUUUCUCGAUUCCUCAAGACCGUCAGACUCCAAACCAGCCACAUUCGAUUUCUUCUCAGCCUGUUCAUAGCUAUCAUAUGAGAUACCCCAAACACUGUUCUUUCUUACCCAAGGUAUCUGUCCAAGGCUUGAUUUGCUUUGCAAACCCAUCAAAACCCAUGAUUUGGAACCCUACAAUCCGAAAGUUCUUAACCCUAACCAAACCCGAAAAGAAUUGGGAGCAUACAGUGGCCUUCUUAGGAUACGAUCCAAUCAAUAACAAACACAAAGUUUUGUGCAUGCCUUUUAAUGAAACCGUAGACGAGUGUAGGGUUUUGACACUAGGAUCAGCUCCAGGAUCAUGGAGAAAGAUAAAGACCAACCAUAAGUAUCUUUUUAGGAGUUACUAUACCAGUUAUAACUGCAUCAACGGGGUCUUGUAUUAUAUAGCAUAUGCUGAUCAAAACGAGAAUGCUGGCACUAUACUAAUGAGUUUUGAUGUCAGAUCUGAAAAGUUCCAUAUGAUAAAAUUUCCGUGGAAUAAUAUUGGUGGUGGUGUACUCAGACUAUAUGAGGGAAUGUUAGCUUGUUUUAGAAGUAACUAUCCAGGUGAUGGCAUUACAUUGUGGAUUUUACAGGAUGCAGAGAAACAUGUUUGGUCUCCUAAAAAUUUUCUUGUGCCUUUUUAUUACUACGACCGGAGUUUGAAAAUAGCUUGCAACUUAAUUGGUAUCACGGAUUCAGGCGAGAUUGUUUAUGUACCAGUAAGGUUUUAUAAAUCGUUUUAUGUUAUAUAUUAUGAUCCGAAGAGAAACAGGUUCCACAGAGUUGAGUAUAAAGGAAUCUCAGACGAUGAAUCAAGGCUUAAGAAUGGACUUGUAAGAAGUCGUCUGUUUAAUAUCCCUAUUGUCUCGAAUCACAUGGAGAGUCUCGUGUUUUUUUAA